GGAUGCCAUUAUUCCCUACAAGGAAAUCCUCCAGAUGUAUUGGGAGAAAGCAACGAGCUUUGUGAAUGCCCAGUGCGAUGGACUUGAACCCUGGCAGCUGGUGGGGUUGACGUGUGCUUCUACGCUUUUAAGUGUAUGGCUGCAUGGCUUCCUCUUUCAGUCCGAGAGUUUAGCAUCUCGAACUAAAAAACAGUUCUUUAAACUACUGAGAAAAAUGCCAUUUGUUGGGACUAUAAUUCAAAGGAAGAUUGAUGAAGCCUUGAAUGAUGUCACUUCCAGUUUAUCCUUCUUGAAAGAUGAAAAGGAUUAUAUCAAAGCGCUGCCAGAACAAGGCAUGAGCCAGUCUGAAGUACUAGAGAAGAUGAAAGAGUACAGCUCAAAAGGAGACGUACGUUGGCAGGAUGGGAAGGUCUCUGGGACUGUGUACAGUGGUGACGAGAAACUCACCCGUCUGCUAGUGAAGGUGUAUGAAGAGUUUGCCUGGAGUAAUCCUCUCCAUCCGGAUAUAUUCCCUGGUUUGAGGAAGAUGGAAGCAGAAGUAGUGAGGAUUGCCUGUACGCUCUUCAAUGGGGGCCCUCACUCUUGUGGUGCUAUGACAUCUGGUGGGACUGAGAGCAUUCUGAUGGCCUGCAAGGCAUACCGGGACCUGGCUUACGAGAGAGGCAUCAAACAGCCAGAAAUGUUGGUCCCGGUGAGCGCUCACGCAGCAUUUGACAAGGCAGCACACUACUUUGGACUGAAGUUGAUUCACAUACCGCUGACCAGGGCUAUGGAAGUGGAUGUUCAGGCAAUGAGGAGAGCUAUUUCGAAGAACACAGCCAUGCUGGUCUGUUCCGCUCCCCAGUUCCCGCAUGGAAUUAUGGACCCAAUUGAAGAGGUGGCAGAGCUUGCGGUGAGGUACAAAAUCCCCUUCCACGUGGAUGCCUGCCUGGGUGGUUUUCUCAUUGCUUUCAUGGACAAGGCAGGGUUCCCUCUAAAGCGUCCGUUUGACUUCCGUGUAAAAGGUGUGACCAGCAUUUCUGCUGAUACCCACAAGUAUGGCUAUGCUCCCAAGGGCUCCUCGGUGGUGCUGUAUAGUGACAAGAAGUACAGGAGCUACCAGUUCUUUAUUGCACCUGACUGGCAAGGGGGCAUAUACGCCUCCCCCUCCGUGGCAGGCUCCAGGCCUGGUGGAAUCAUAGCUGCGUGCUGGGCGACUCUGAUGCACAUAGGGGAAUCAGGCUACAUCGAGGCUACGAAGAGGAUCAUUAAAACGGCUCGUUUCCUUGAAUCAGAGUUGAGAAAAAUUGACAGCAUCUUCAUUCUUGGGAAACCUGAGGUGUCUGUCAUCUCCAUCGGUUCAGACACUUUCGACAUUUAUCGAUUAUCUAACUUCUUAGCUGCAAAAGGAUGGAACUUAAAUGCCCUACAGUUCCCAUCAAGCAUUCAUCUCUGCAUUACACAGUUGCACACAAAGCCCGGUGUUGCUGAACAGUUCCUGAAAGAUGUCAAAGACAGCAUUGAGGAGAUCAUGAAGAACCUCAAAGCCAAGACCACAGGCAUGGGAGCCAUCUAUGGAAUGGCCCAGUCGGUCCCAGACAGGAGCUUGGUAGCGGAGAUUUCUCAGGCGUACUUGGACGGCCUCUACAGCACGGAUGUUCCUUGCAGUGAAAAGCACAUGAACGGCUCUCCCAGCCACCACUGACUGUAGUGCAACAAUUGGUGCCUUGCCAGCUAGCUCUGGGGUGGUUCUAAAGGUUUCCUAGGGGAAGAGAUUGCAGUAAGCCUUUGUUCCUACAAUUGCAGGUCUGAUGGCGGCUCAAUCUGGAAAACUUCCUUCCCUGUCUUAGUCUGUUCUGAAAUCUGUAUUAUUUUCAUGCCCAACUUUAGUUUUAGGGCUUUUCUUCCCUUCACCCUGCCUAUUUUCAUCAUGGCUGUUGGUGGUGAGUUGAAUCUCCAUUCCACAACUCCAGAUUCCUCAGGUAUUCUGUGUGUCACUUCAUUCCUUGCUGUGUCUCCUCCUCAGACCUGGUAUUCAGCCGCUGUCCAGCCAAGUGUUAGAUUUGACUUCUCAUGUUGUGUUCCAAAGCUUCAUUCUUCCCAGAAGUUGAAGAUAGAAAAUAAAUAGAAUUUUUUGUUUUCUUUUAAGUAUUCCUGCAAGCUACUGCAUUUGACAGACUGUGCUGGGAGCCUUGUAUCU